GGACUUAUGUAUCCAGGCAUACCAUUUUUUUAGGAAUCCCGGUGUAAUCCUCCUGUUAAGGGUUGGCCAAAGUGAAAGUCUUUCUUCGACUUUCUCCCUUGGGCAUUUAUUGAACGCCUCGCCUUUGAAUUGACAAACUUUAAUCCUCUUGUCGAGUUAUAAGUUGAUGUCAUGUUUGUCAAACAUGAGUUUGAAAGUUAUAAGUUACCUUCCUUCUCGAAAUACCGAAGAGGGGAGAGCAUUGGCGGGAAGCGAUAAUGCAUUGACCAAGGCCGAUUUCCUUUGGCUUUUGAGUUUUGUUCUUUUGUUUUAUGUUUUUUUAUUUAUAAUUUCUGUUUUUCAUCGAUAUGGGCAUCCAGGGCCUUUUGCCGUUUCUGAAGCCGGCUACCCGACCGGUACACGUGAAAGAGUUUUCCGGAUGCACUGUGGCGAUAGAUUCCUACUGUUGGCUCCACAAAGGGGCCUUCUCGUGUGCUGAAAAACUCGCAAGGGGAGAAUCAACAGACCAGUAUGUCGUUUAUUGCAUGAAAUUUAUUAAAAUGCUUCAAUCUCAUGACAUCACACCUAUACUUGUAUUUGAUGGCCGGCACUUGCCUGCGAAAGCUGAAACGGAAAAAACCAGACGACAGCGCAGGGAAAUGAACAGAAGGAAAGCCGCCGAGUUGUUGAGACAGGACCGAGCAAAUGAGGCAAGGAGUUUGAUUCAACGAUGCGUGGACGUGACUCCAGAAAUGGCCUCAAACCUCAUCAAAAAAUGUAGGUCUGUUGGAGUAGAUUGCAUCGUGGCACCGUAUGAAGCCGAUGCUCAACUUGCUUUCCUAAGCCUCAAUGGUAUCGCACAUGUCGUUAUUACUGAAGACUCAGACUUAAUUAUAUUUGGUUGUAAACGGGUAAUUUUUAAAAUGGACUUGGUAGGCAAUGGAUUGUUAGUGGAACAAGAAAAAAUUCCAUUGGCGAUGAAACAGAGGCCAGAACAAUUUACAAUAGAUAAAUUUCGACACAUGUGCAUUCUUUCUGGCUGUGAUUACCUCCAAUCCCUCCCUGGUAUCGGCCUUCAAAAAGCCCUUAAAUUUAUCAAAAGAACUGCCGAAACUGAUAUAAGUAAAGCGUUGACAAGGCUAGGUGCCCAUCUAAACAUGUCUAGUCUGGUCGUGACUCCAGACUAUUGCGAAAAAUUCCUCCAGGCAGAACUCAUGUUCAAACACCAGCCUGUUUUCGAUCCAAUAUCCAGGAAGGUCGUACCAUUGACUCCUAUACCAGAGGGGAUGAGUGCCCCACUGUCGAAUAAUCUAUCGGACGAGACCAACUACCAACUCGCUCUGGGAAAUCUGGAUCCAUUCAGUCUUAAUCAGAUAGAUAAUUGGGAUCCUGACAAACAAACUGGAGUGAAAACAAAUAGUUGGCAAGCUUCUACAGUCAUAAAAAAUAGUGUAUGGUCGAGUGGUUUUCACAUUCCAAAGCCACUUUCUCCAAGAAAGGAUCCAAGAGAAGUAAAAAGGACGACGACACAGGGUAACUGUGUAGAACAGAAUGUUGACGUAAUAAUUAACAAAAUUUCUGUGUUCAAUCAAAAAAGUGCAGAAGAUCAAGUUAAUGAACUCAAGGAAUUAUACACCAGAUCGCCCCCAAAGAAAAAAUCCUGUCUGGACGUUCAUCUGGAAGAGGAAAGAAACGAUUUGAACACCACGAUGAUAGAAGAUACUGAAGAAAGCCUUGAUGAAGCGAUUGCAUCUACUCUGGAUAUUAUAAGCCCAUCUCCUGAGAGAAAAAAGGUGAACCCAUUUUCAAAGACUCCAAAUGGCAAGGUUAAAUCAAAACCAUCGCCCUGUCAUAGUGGUCUUGAAGGAAUGGCUAGGAAAGUUAAAAGAACUAUAUUGGACGAGAGCACUGUCAUUCGGAGCAGGUUUUUUGCAACAAAUCCAGAUCCUCCCACUGACUCAGAGGUUACAAAACCAGAAGAAAAAGAAGAGGAUUUUGAUAUUCUUGCGAUGAUAUUGGACGAUAAUGGGCCAGAAGAAAAAAAAGAGAAAAAAGAGAAUGAACGAAAAAACGUAUUUUCGACUGUGAAACAGUCACCAAGCAAUAAUCUCUAUAAUAAUUUCAGCGUCAAAAGUGAUCGCCCGAGCUUUUUAAAAGUCAUAGACUCUAUGAGUAAGUUUAUUACAGAGCAGGAAGAAACUAAGCCAAAACCGUCGCCUAAAUUUAACGAUAAAAGGCGGCAAAGUUCGAUGUCAGGCUUUGUGACAUCAGGGCUUGAGGCUAAAAAUGUAAAAUUAACUUCCCCUAAGAAGGUUGUAAAAAGUGAAGGACAAAGACUGAAACCUACCCUCCAACCUGCAAGAGGAGUCGGACUUAAAAGGAAAAAAUCCACUGUACAGUCAGAUCAAAAGUCAAUACUUACAAUGUUUGCAUUUCAACCAAGGAGCAAAUUGAACGAGGUUUGACAUUGAAUGAGCAUAUCUAAAAUUAUCUACCUCAGAAUAGAAAAGCAAGAGAUGAAGUUUAAUCAUUUACGACUACUCAAAACUGCAGUUUACUUCAUUGUGAUUUUAUAUAUAGUUUAAAAUAAUUUUUUAAUCGUUUUGUAAAUAAACUUAGAGAUGGUAAUAAUUUAAUAUAAUGAACAUAAUAAUAAUUAAUAUAAAAUCUAAUAUAACUUGUUCCUUUGUACACAUUUUCAAAAUCCAUUUGUUGUUUAGGAAAUUUUUUGUUUUGUGUAUAUUACAAAAUUGUCAAGAGAAAGACUGAUGAAGAAAUGUUAAAA